GGGGGGGGGGGAAAGGGGGGGGGGGGGGGGGGGGGGGGGGGGGGGGGGGGGGGGGGGGGGGGGAAAGGGAGGAAGGAAAAAGGGGGGGGGGGGGGGGGGGGGGGGGGGGGGGGGGGGGGGGGGGGGGGGGGGGGGGGGGGGGGGAGGAGAGGGGGGAAGGGAAGGGGAAUUGUUGACUGGAUCACAGUCACGAAUUGGGCGGCGGUCUGGUGAUGUGGGUCUAGAGAAGAGUGUCACCCAGAAUGUAAAGAGACGAGCUGGCUCCACCUCAGUGGGGGAUACUUGCCAGUCUCCUGAGAGGACGCACGCAGCAGCCUUGGAACAGUUCUUCUCGUACAGUCUUUGA